UCAUAAACCAAAAUCUAUUAUUGCAGUCAAUACCAGCAUAAACCAUGAGAAAGGGUGCAUGGUGGACGAUGCCUGAUGCCAAGCGGGAGUGACAGCUCAGACUCCGCGAAGCCGAUGGCCAGUCAAUGGGCCUUCCCCGCGCGGCUUCCCCUCAUUUCCUGCAAGUCUUUGGUCACAUCACCCACGGCUACUACUAGUACUAUCGUUCUUCAAUCCUAUGGAGGUGAAUUCCGGUCACCGGAGUCAUCCUUUCUUUAUGCCAAGUUUAGACUCGUGGAUAAUUGGCAUGUUGUGUUCCCGCCAUCCCUUGCGCGACGGUGACCUCCCCGCAUUGGAACGAUCGAUCUCUCUCCUGAUUGAAUCAUGAAUCAGGAGCUUUCCCCAUAUAGCUUUCGAAACAAUAACCCGCCGUCCUGCCGUCCUUCCUAGCCUGCCCUUCUGUCACA